AAUUUCACAGGUAUUUACCUGAAAGUUGCUGGCGAUUCGCCAUAAUAGAAAAGAAGAAGAAACUUCUCAGAACGCGCCACGGAGAGACCAACCAGGAAAUGGAUUUUUCUCUGCCUGCGUCUCUGUUCCUGCUGUCUGUGGUCUUCUGGCAGUUUGUUUCUGCUGCAGAUCAGAACAACUCUCCAAUCAAAGCAGAACCUGGACAGAGUGCAUUUCUGCCAUGUAAAGAUCCUGGCCAGGGGGCGAUUAUCGUCGUAGAGUGGAGCAGAACUGAUCUGGAGUCAGGAUUAUUUGUCCUCCUGUACAGAGACGGGAAGAUCGAUCUAGGAAACCAGCUUCCAUCGUACCAGGACCGGAUGGAUCUUCUGGUUGGUCAGAUACAGAAAAGAGACGCGUCUGUGGUUCUGAAGAACACGACGACCGCUGACAGCGGAACGUAUGAAUGUCGAGUCACUAAAACGGAUCGUGGGACUAAACUGAUCAGCUCCAUCAGCCUGGUUGUAGCUCCUCGUCCUCCAGAACCGUUUCCAGCCUGGGCCACAGUUCUACUGGUUCUACUGGUUCUGGCUCUGGUUGCUGCUGCAGGUGUUUAUUUUUAUUUCCGGCACCGUCUGAGACCAGAAGAGAAGGAGCAGCUGGAGGAGGAGAAGAAGGAGGUGGAAUCAGGGGAGAAGUUUGUCCUGCUGCCAUUCAAGAUGUCGGACCAGCUGCCUGGAGACGUUAAGGUGGAGUGGAAGGACAGAGACAACAGGAUGGUCCAUGUGUAUCAGAAAGGUUCUGAUCAGCCUGGAGAACAGAACCAGAUCUACAGAACCAGAACCAAGAUGGAUAAAAACCUGAAGACUGUAGACUUCAGUCUGACUCUAACAUGGCCCACUGGUGGAGACUCAGGGAUCUACACCUGCAGCGUCUCCAGCUGGAUAAGAAACAUCCAGGUGACGAAACAAGUUCAGCUAAAGGUCAAAGUCCCAAAGGUGGAGGUGGAAUCAGGGGUGGAGUCUGUCCUGCUGCCCUGGAGAACCAGAGAGAAUCUGGAUGGAGACGUUAAGGUGGAGUGGAUGGAUGGAGGCAACAGGACAGUCCAUGUGUAUCAGAAAGAAUCUGAUCAGCCUGGAGAACAGAACCAGAUCUACAGAACCAGAACCAAGAUGGAGGAAGAUCCACUGAGGACUGGAGACCUCAGUCUGACUCUCAUGUGGCCCAGAGAGAAAGACGGGAACAUUUACACCUGCAGAGUUUAUAACAGGAAGGCAGACAAACUGAUGGAGAAAAAAGUUUUUCUCCGACUUAAAGUCCCAAAGGUGGAGGUGGAAUCAGGGGUGGAGUCUGUCCUGCUGCCGUUCACAGUGACCUCUGACCUGCUGCCCUGGAGAAUCAGAGAGGAUCUGGAUGGAGACGUUAAGGUGGAGUGGAAGGACGGAGACAACAAGAAGGUCCAUGUGUAUCAGAACGGUUCUGAUCAGUCUGGAGAACAAAACCAGAUCUACAGAACCAGAACCAAGAUGGAUGAAAACCUGCUGAAGAAUGGAGACCUCAGUCUGACUCUGAAAUAUCCUGCAGACGGUGGAGUCUACACCUGCAGCGUCUACAGCAGAGAUGGAGAAAUCCUGAUGGAGAAACAAGUUCAGCUGGAGGUCAAAGUCCCAAAGGUGGAGGUGGAAUCAGGGGCGGAGUCUGUCCUGCUGCCGUUCACAGUGACCUCUGACCUGCUGGGAGGAGACAGAGUGGAGUGGAGGGACGGAGACAACAGGACGGUCCAUGUGUAUCAGAACGGUUCUGAUCAGCCUGGAGAACAGAACCAGAUCUACAGAACCAGAACCAAGAUGGAUGAAAACCCGCUGGAGAAUAAAAACCUCAGUCUGACUCUGAAAUGGCCCAGAGAUGAAGACAAAGGACUUUAUGCAUGUAAAGUCUGGAGAGACGGAAAAAUACUGAGAGGAAAACGCUUCUAUCUGAAGGUCAAAGUCCAACAGGUGGAGGUGAAAUCAGGGGUGGAGUCUGUCCUGCUGCCCUGGAGAAUCACAGAGAGUCUGGAUGGAGACGUUAAGGUGGAGUGGAAGGACGAAUACGAUGAUCUGGUCCAUGUGUAUCCGAACGGUUCUGAUCAGCCUGGACAACAGAACCAGAUCUACAGAACCAGAACCAAGAUGGAGGAAGAUCCACUGAGGACUGGAGACCUCAGUCUGACUCUGAAAUAUCCUGGAGACACUGGACUCUUCACCUGCAGCGUCUACAGAGACGGAACCAUCCUGAUGAUGAAACAAGUUCAGCUGAAGGUCAAAGACCAACAGGUGGAGGUGGAAUCAGGGGCGGAGUCUGUCCUGCUGCCGUUCACAGUGACCUCUGACCUGCUGGGAGAAGCUACAGUGGUUUGGUGGAUCUGCAGUUGCAGGACGAUCCUUGUGUGUCAUAGAAGUUCUGGUCAGCCUGGAGAACAGAACCAGAUCUACAAUGACAGAACCAAGAUGGAUGAAAACCUGCUGAAGAAUGGAGACCUCAGUCUGACUCUGACCCGGCCCAAAGAGAGAGACAGAGGACAUUAUGGAUGUAAAGUCUGGAGAGACGGAAAAGUACUGAGAGUCAAAUGGUUCCAUCUGAAGGUCAAAGCAGGGACGGUCCAGAACCAACCAGAGGACAACAGAACCGCCAGAAUCAGAAUCCCUGAUGAAUCGAUUCCUCUGAUGGCUGUGUGAUCAGUUUAUUGAUCUGAUUAUUGAUCAGAGAGGAUCUGGAUCUGGUUCCGGUCUGCAGACUCAGUUUUUACCUCUGAAAUGAUGAAUCAUCCUCAGCUUCCAGAACCGGGCCCAACAGAACCUCUGACAGAAGAAUUAUUGAUCCUGAUCAGUUUGAUCAAUUCCAGGAUGUUUCUGCUGAUCUGAGGCUGUUAUUAAUAUGUUAAUAACAUGUUAUUAAUAUGUUAAUAACAUGUUAUUAAUAUGUUAAUAACAUGUUAUUAAUGUGUUAAUAACAUAUUAGUAACAUGAAUUAAAAACAUUCUGAUUCAUUCAUUCUGAUUUAAUGUUGGUAACAUGUUAUAACAUGUUAAUAACAUGUUAAUAACAUGUUAAUAACAUGUUGAUAUUUAUAUUAGCGUUUGGUUGAAAUCAGAUUCAUGUAAAACAGGAAGCAGCUGAUUGUCUGCUUCCUGUUUUAAAUAAAGUUUCAUUCGUCUGUUCCUGGAUGGAGGUCAGAGGUCAUCAGUGGGCUCAUCAUCAUGUCUGUUUUCUGUUUCAGACACAAAACCAUUCAAAUCUGGCUGAUGGAUCCCAGUUUCUACUGGUUGAACUGGUCUCUGCUGAGACCUCAGGUCAAAGGUCAACAGACAAGCCCAGUUGUUUUAAAAAGGCCAAAGUCUAUAAUUUUUAACAAAGUCACGUUUUAUUCUCUACAUGUUCGGAUUUAAAUGUUUGUUUGUUUUCAGUAGCAAACAGAGGAUUUGUCUCCCCCUGCUGGAGGAAGAAAGUUAAUUUGUCCGUUGCAGUGACCUGAUGGGUGGUGAUGAAAUAUAAUGAUGUGAUUUUGUAUAAAACAAUAGAAACAUAACAAAUCCCAUCCUGAUUGAGUUUCUGUGUUAAAACUUGUUCAGGUGAUUUUGACGGCUGUUAUUUUGUAUGAAAUGUUUGUAACAGUUUUAUUUCUUGCUGCUGCCUGUCAUUGCAGCUCUGUGUUGAAUCCUGCAGUUUGUUCAGCUUCAGGUCUGGACCUUCUGUCCAGCUGCAUUCUGGUAUUACAGCUUCCUUUAAUAACAAA